AUGGGGAACACUCAUUCACUCAAUGAUAAUACUUACUCUCAGCAGGCAGUUUAAUACCCCAAUCUACUAAAAUAAUUCUCAUUAAUCAAGGCUAAGAAAUAGAUAAAGAUCAACAUACUCUUUCCAAAAUAAAUGAGAUUGAAUAACUUUCAUUUUACUGCAAAUCUUGAUCCUACUUAUGAAUCAUAAAGUCAAACACUAGAAAACUUGAAAAUUUUGACCGUGAAUGACCUAUAUUUCUUGGCAGAGUAAUACAUUUUUAGGAAUGGGGUAUUUGGAAGGAAAAUCUUAUAUCUGGAAUCAUUCUCCUAGAAUGAGGCACUUGAUUACUUUUUGACUUAGAGGUCAAUGAGCCUCGAAUGCCUUUUGGAAAAUCAAAUUUAUGGUCUUGAUUUGAAGGCAUUCUUUAAAAAUGCUAAAUUGAAAGGAGAAGUGAGCCCUGAUAGGAAAGUCAAGAAUGGAGUUUCUCUGUCAGAUUUUAUGAUUAUUAGAGAACUUGGGAAAGGUGGUUUCUCACGAGUCCAACUAGUCAGAAGCAAGUUCAAUGGAAAUCUCUAUGCUCUUAAAAGCAUUAAAAAGGAAUUACUUGAUACUGAAUAAAAGCAAAACUCAGUAGAAGUUGAAAGACAGAUUUUGGAGAAAGUAAAAAAUAAUCAUAUAAUUUUGAUGCAUCAUUACUUCGAGACGGACAAUUAUUAUCAUUACAUUCUUGAUUUCUGUCCAGGUGGGGAACUUUACUUUCAUCUUAAAAAUCUCAGCAAAUUCGAUGAGAAAUUAGCUAAGUCAAUAAUACCUGAAAAUAUUCUAAUUGAUAUCAAUGGAAAGAUAAAAUUAACCGAUUUUGGCUUGUCAAAGCUUAAUUUCACCUAAAGACAAAGAACAUUCUCUUUUUGUGGAUCACCAGAAUAUUUAUCUCCAGAAAUGCUAAGUUACAAUAUGCAAGUACACCAAUUGAAGAAUAUGAAGUACAAUUAAAGUAUUGAUUACAUCUCAGAGUAAGUAGAAGGCUACGGAUUUAUGAUAGAUUUUUACAGCUUAGGAGUUCUAAUGUAUGAGAUGCUUGUUGGAUUGCCUCCAUUUUAUGACCCCAACAAAAUGAAGAUGUUUAAUAUGAUACUCUACAAAGAGCCUAAAUUUCCAGGCUCUAUGUCUAUCAAAGCCAAAGAUCUUUUAAGUAGAUUGCUGGAGAAAAAUCCAAAUAAAAGGAUAGGAAAUUACUAAGGUAUUAGGGAUAUAAAAAGCCAUCCGUUCUUUGGAGAUAUCAAUUGGAAUAGUGAUAAUUACAAAGUUUAAUUAAAGCCAAGCUUUAUAUUCUCAAACUUUAAGGCGAACGAGAUAGGUUCGUUUUAAACAAGAAAAUCAAGCUUUCUUGUGAUGGAUAGACCCAUCAGUACACUAGGAAAGUAAAGUCCUAAAAAGAAAAUCAAUAAUAUUUUCAGUGGAAGGAAGCACUCAGACAACUCCAUAAUGAAAAUUAGAUCCAAAGAUACAACUCCCUAGAAGGAGGAAAUACUCAUUGAGGAAGUAUAAGAAGAGGAAAUUCUAAACCCUUCUCAUUUGAUAGACAACAAUCAAUUUUUUAGGAGUUCAAUUAUUGAUAAAUUUCAGUAAAACCCUUUCGUUUAGCCUAUGAAAAGAGAUCUCUCUUCCAAUUCGAUCUACGAUCCUUUAGCUCCAAUGGAAACCUCUACUUGCAAUGUUGUAAGUUAAUAUGGAUCCCCGAACAAAAUAAAGAUAGCAACUAUAGAGGAGGACCCAGAGAUUAUAGACGAUGAUGAGAUCGAAGUGAGCAUGUCUUUGCCUAAGUAAUAAGGUGCUUCCAAGGUGUUUACGAGGGAGUAUUUCAAACCAAAGGAUAAAUUCUAAGAGACUAAUUUUAGCAACAUAAAGAUGAUUCAUUCAUCAGACAUAAGAAAAGUAAGUUCUAAGAAGAAGCUCAGGUAGCUGCAUAUGUUUAAAAGCCAGCAGUUCGACUCUUCAUCUAAUGAUGGAGGUAGUGGUAUCCAAAAGUAAACUCAAAACAAAACCAUGAGUUAAUUAAACAGAUAAAGAUCACUUGAAAGACCUCAAAUUAUGGAAAGCACUCUUUUCAAAACUUAGUAUGACUCAAGGAAGCUUAAUUUCUAUCAAUAAAUUCAAGAGCUUUCAGAGCAUGGACUAAUUUUUUCAAGUAAGUCCAUAAGUAAAAAGUGCUCACCAAAGAGAUUCAGACUGAGUUAGAAUAGCAUUGACUUGUCGAGAUGCAAUGAUGAUUUUCCUCUAUCAGAUAAUCUAAGAGAUUCAAUUACUAAAACCCAUCUUAAUGAUAAUAGCAAUAAUAGAGAAACUAAUCUAUUUAAUUUCAAAAUUUAGCCCCAAUAGAUGAGUAUAUUGCAUACCUCAUCAUUUGAUGAAGACAAGCUAACAGCAAGAAGCAUUCAUUAGAGAAGAUUAGUUACCUAGGUUGAAGAAUAACACCAUAAUAAGUCUCUGCUUAAUACCGAUUCGGAUUCUUAUAGAGAGACUAUGCAAGACAAUAAUUAUAUUAGCAAGAGGAGUAAUAGCUCUGCCAACUACAACUAAGUUAAAAAGACCUAAGAAGAACUUACUCAGAAAUUUAAAGCUUUGGGAGUGACAAAGAAAAUACCAUAGUUUUUUGGGGUUGAGAAAAAGAAUCCUAAAGUUUUUGGAGACCAUACAAAUUCACUAAAUAAGAGCAAGACAUAGCUAAAUUAAUCUAUGAAGCCUUAAAAUUUCAAGCACUUUAUUGUUAGACCAUAGCUAUAAAAAUCCGCUACAUAGAAUGUUAGUGAUGAAAACAUUAAAGAUACCCUUGAUUCAGACAAAAUGGGGAUGAGUACUUCAUUUAACGAUAAUAGCACUAAAUCCAAAGCUUAUUCUACAAAGACAAUUUAGAUUAACCUGCUUUAAUGCUAAAAGAAAAUAUCGUGCCAACAAUAAAAUGCUAAGAAUGUCAUUGAGAGACCAUAAUCCUCUUCAUAUUAAAUCAAGAAUACAAAGCAUCAAACAAGUGAACAGUAUACUAAGAUAAUUGAGUAUAUCCAAAAACCUUAAAUGUCCAAUUCUAGUCAGUAAAGUAUCAGAGAAGAUGAAAAGACAAGGAAUAUGAGUCUGAAAAGACCUAUAAUAUCAACACUUAAUAUAAAUAAUCUGAGUGAGACAACAAAAAGAAUCAUUGAUCAAGUAGAAUAGUUAAAUAGCAUGCAGCCAAUUAUAUCUAAGUAGUAUUAGCAUUAGCAGCAGCUAUAGUAGCUAUAAACUUUCCAAUAAUAACCUUCUUAAUAAAUGAAUCUAAAUCAGCAUUUAAAGCAAAUGAAUGCAUACGGUAGGAAGAAUUCAAUAAUGACUCCGUCAUCUCAGGUUUAAGCGAAAAAUAGUGCGAAUACAGCACUAAAUAAAAGUUUGAAUAGACAAGCAAAGCCAUAAAAAAGCUACCACACAAAUACAACAAACAUUAAUGUUUUAUCACCUAGGACUGCCAUGCCUAAUUGA